AUGAAUCUGAAUCGAAGUCGCAUUCUCGCCUUUAGGAACAAACCAUCUACUCCAGUCCAACUGCUUCCCAGGGAUCAUCACUCUGCUUUUCUUCACAAACAACCUAAAUCCGUGAAGCCUCGAAGACGCAUUCCUCAGGAUCCUGAGAGAACGUUGGAUGCGCCUGACAUUCACGAUGACUUCUACCUCAACUUGCUCGAUUGGGGCAGUGCUAAUGUUUUAGCCAUAGCGUUGCGUCACACUGUUUAUCUCUGGGAUGCUUCUACUGGCUCUACAUCUGACCUUGUGACCGUUGACGAAGAGAAAGGACCUGUCACGAGUAUCAACUGGGCACCUAAUGGUCGUCAUCUUGCGGUUGGGCUCAACAAUGCGGAACUGCAGCUGAGGGAUUCUGUAACAAACCGUCUAGUGAGAACAUUGAAAGGUUGCCACCACUCGAGAGUAGGAUCAUUGGCGUGGAACAAUCACAUCUUGACAACUGGAGGAAUGGACGGACAGAUCAUCAACAACGAUCAACUAGCUAGUGGUGGCAACGACAAUCUGGUACACAUUUGGGACCGUUUCAGGACUACGCAAUGGCUCCACCGAUUCAGGGAACAUAUGUCUGCAGUCAAAGCUCUGGCCUGGUGCCCUUUCCAAGGAAAUUUGCUUGCAACCGGUGGUGGCGAACAAGAUAGGGCGAUAAAGUUCUGGAACACUCACACAGGGGCUUGCUUGAAUUCAGUAGACACUGGUUCCCAAGUUUCUUCCUUGUUAUGGAGCAAGAAGGAAAAAGAAUUGCUUAGCUCACAUGGGUUUUCACAGAAUCAGCUUACGCUCUGGAAGUACCCAUCCAUGGUGAAAAUGGCUGAGCUCACUGGUCAUAGUUCAAGAGUUUUAUAUAUGGCACAGAGUCCGGAUGGUUGUACCGUAGCUUCAGCAGCAGGAGAUGAAACCCUGAAGCUCUGGAAUGUUUUUGGAGUACCAGAGGCUCCCAAAACACAUGCUCCAAAAGCAGUUCCUGAGCCAUUUUCUCAUGUGGAUCGUAUUCGUUGA